GAAAUCGUGUGGCCGGGUUGCUGCCUCCAACGUUCAAUACCCAGCAAGCUUGCUCUUUCUAUGGUGCGCUCCUUGCUUUAUUUCUCCAGGUAUCGGCAUGCAAGGUUGGUACCUACCUAGCCUACUAACCUAGCCUAGGCGCUUUGAUGAUAUCUGGACGAGAUUGUUAUAUUCGUACAAACUGAUUAAAAUUGAAAGUAAGAUAUGGAGAAUUCUCUUAAACGAAGGUUAGAGAUGUCUCCAAUGCAGAGAACGAGCUCAGAAGAUACGUCCGAUUCAGUAUCAAAGUUCGUAGCCGACGGUCAGGGAUUUGGUAUGGUCGGCACCGGCCGGUCUUUGGCUGUGUUUACAAGUGGAGGAGAUUCGCAAGGUAUGAAUGCUGCUGUGAGGUCUGUUGUUCGAAUGGGCAUUUAUGUUGGCUUCAAGGUGUACUGUAUACACGAGGGUUACCAAGGUAUGGUCGAUGGAGGAGAUUGCAUUGUAGAGACGGCCUGGAAUGGGGUGUCUAAUAUCAUGCAGCUUGGUGGAACAGUGAUUGGAAGUGCAAGGUGUAAAGACUUUCGAGAAAGGGAGGGUCGAAAGAAAGCAGCAUUCAACCUGAUCCAGAAAGGUAUUGACAGCCUGGUUGUGAUUGGUGGAGAUGGUAGUCUCACUGGUGCAAACCUUUUCCGACGUGAAUGGUUUGGUUUCCUUCAAGAGCUUGUACAAGAAGGAAAAGUCAGCAUGCAGGAGGCUGCCAAGUUUAAACAUUUACACGUUGUGGGAAUGGUUGGAUCGAUUGAUAAUGAUUUUUGUGGGACUGACAUGACCAUUGGCACUGACACUGCUUUACAUAGGAUCAUUGAGGCAGUUGAUGCAAUCAGCACUACUGCUCAGAGUCAUCAGAGAACUUUCAUCCUAGAAGUGAUGGGUCGCCAUUGUGGAUACCUUGCUCUAGUUGCAGGGUUGGCUAGUGGUGCUGAUUGGAUAUUCAUUCCAGAAAAACCGGCAAUGGAAGGCUGGGAAGACGUUUUAUGCAAUAAACUCUAUGAGACUCGCGGAUAUGGUCAGCGUUUGAACAUCUUGAUCCUUGCAGAGGGUGCUAUUGAUCUGAAAGGUCAUCCAAUAACUGCCCAGUAUGUUAAAGAGUUAAUUGUUCAACGACUGAAGUUUGAUACAAGAAUAACCGUCCUUGGGCACGUGCAGAGGGGAGGCAGUCCAUCUGCAUUUGAUAGAAUUCUGGGCUGUCGAAUGGGAGCUGAAGCAGUGUUAGCACUUGCAGAUGCUAAGCCCGAGAGUCCUGCAUGUGUUGUGUCGCUCUAUGGUAACAAAGCAGUCCGUGUACCUCUCAUGUCUUGUGUAGAACAGACGCAAGAGGUAGGGAAGGCUGUACAAGAACAAGAAUUUGAGACUGCAGCUUCUCUUAGAGGAAAGAGUUUUGCAAACAACCUAAAAACCUACAUCACGCUGAGUAAGAAGAAACCAAAGGAAGAUGUGUGUAGUAUCGAUGGCAAAAUAUGCUCUAGCAAUUUCAACAUUGCCUUGAUGAACAUUGGUGCACCAGCUGCUGGCAUGAAUGCCGCUGGACGUGGGUUUGUGAGGAGUUGUCUGCUGCAAGGGUAUCGGGUUCUCGGUGUGGCUGAUGGAUUCACCGGUCUGUUAAAUGAUGACGUGAAACCUUUAGGGUGGAUGGAUGUAUCCUCCUGGAUUUCUGAAGGAGGAUCAAAUCUGGGAACAAAUAGGAACAUACCAGAUACAAACUUAAAAGAAGUGGCUGAAAAAUUUCGACAACAUAACAUUCAUGCACUGAUGAUCGUUGGAGGAUUCGAGGUUUGUAAAUAUUAA